AUGCCGUUUGACAACCGCUUCGCCUACCAAGGACAGCGCGAUGCGGAGCGCAAGCCGCAUGGCGUGGGGACGCUGUUGCAUGGAGGGCAGCUGUUGUACCGUGGGGAGUUUGAGCACGGCAGCAUGACGGGCCGGGGCUACCGCGUGUACAUGGACGGCUCGUCUUACUCCGGCGCCUUCCACGACGGCAUGCGACACGGCUACGGCAUCUGGACCAGUGCAGACGGCGCUGUCGUGCGCCAGGGCACCUUCCGUGCAGACGUCUUUCACGGUGCCCUUCGUGCUUGGAGACUGUCGAGGGUGAACAGUUUGCGGGGUCCACCCAACGCCUGA